GCAGAGUCCGGGGUCUUCUUGCAAGGGAGUCCCUGCGAGCUGCCCUGCUGAGCCUGCGCUGGGGCGCGCCCCCUUUAAGGGGCGGGGAAGGGGCGGGGCCUGGCCCCGCUCUCCCAGGGUGCCCCGCGCGCGCGCGCGCCGGCAGUUCGGCCACGUCCCUGGCCACGUCGCGGGCGAUCUCGCCAUCUUCGCCGCUUCCUCUCAGGGGCCGCCGCCUCCUGAGCCGCCCAGCCCCGGGGCCGCCGCGCUGCGCCGACCGCCACCGCCGCCGCCGCCAUGAACAUUUUCCGGCUGACUGGGGACCUGUCCCACCUGGCGGCCAUCGUCAUCCUGCUGCUGAAGAUCUGGAAGACGCGCUCCUGCGCCGGUAUUUCUGGGAAAAGCCAGCUUCUGUUUGCACUGGUCUUCACAACUCGUUACCUGGAUCUUUUUACUUCAUUUAUUUCAUUGUAUAACACAUCUAUGAAGGUUAUCUACCUUGCCUGCUCCUAUGCCACAGUGUACCUGAUCUACCUGAAAUUUAAGGCAACCUACGAUGGAAAUCACGAUACCUUCCGAGUGGAGUUUCUGGUGGUCCCUGUGGGAGGCCUCUCGUUUUUAGUCAAUCACGAUUUCUCUCCUCUGGAGAUCCUCUGGACCUUCUCCAUCUACCUGGAGUCCGUGGCUAUCCUUCCGCAGCUCUUUAUGAUCAGCAAGACUGGGGAGGCCGAGACCAUCACCACCCACUACCUGUUCUUCCUGGGCCUCUAUCGUGCUUUGUAUCUUGUCAACUGGAUCUGGCGCUUCUACUUUGAGGGCUUCUUUGACCUCAUUGCUGUGGUGGCCGGCGUAGUCCAGACCAUCCUAUACUGUGACUUCUUCUACUUGUACAUUACAAAAGUACUCAAGGGAAAGAAGCUCAGUUUGCCAGCAUAAGUGCCAAAGACCAUCACCAGCAUCUGUCCUUCAGGGUGCUCGGACAGAAUUCUUACCACAGCAAAGGCAUAAGAUGCUUGAUACGGAAAAUCAGAAACUUAACUCUUUUGUUGCAGAUAGUCAUCAGUGGCUCUGUAAAAACGCAGAGGAAAAGAGCCAGAAGGUUUCUGUUUAAUGCAUCUUGCCUUAUCUUUUUUUAUUACUGUGUACAAAGAUUUUUUUACACAAAGAAACUUAAUGCUGUAUUAAUAAAUUCAGUGUGUAGCUUCAAUUGGGAUAGUUCCAAAAGUGAAGAUUUUGUGAGGAAUAAGUGCAAAUUUUUUUUAUUUUAAAAAAUUCUUUGAAACUCUUAAGUCUUUGUGUCUGCAAUGAAAUUGUACUCCUUGACAGUUGAUAGAUUAUAUAUUCUUCCAUCCCUCAAACUUGCAUUCCACUAUAUUUAUUUUUUGGCAAAAGAUGAGCUGUAUUUGUUUGAAAUCUGAGACACUAUGUUCAAUUGGAUGUAUCUGUUCAAAUUUAUUCCCACGUGAUGUGGAAGUCCUUCGUUGGAUGUCACACUACUACAUUUAAGGUUGGUAAGGAUGACUUGGAGGUCCAUGGUUUUCAUUACCAACAUUUUAAGAUUCUGAAUGUCGAUGGAGUCUCACUGAAGAGUCACCAAAGGUGCCUGCCCUCCUCCCCUGCUGGGAAGUGUCAGUUGGAGACUGUCCCAAGGGUGCUGAAGAAUCCAGUGGCAGGGGUUCUGGCUGCUUUCCAUCUGAGUGUGGGAUGGGAGGGGUGUUCAUGAUCAUUUGGAUAUAGCAAUCUACUCUGAGAAAUGGAACACAAGGAGUUACCUAUCACUUUCACUUAUAAUUCCAAAAGAUGACUACAACCAUGUCCAUGCUCAGAUUCAAACAGUUUUCCAUAUCACUUUUGGGUGGUAAGAUGAUUUACAAUUUUUUUUUUAAUUGGCAGCACCACUAACCAUUCCUUACAUUCUUUUUUGUAUGUGUGGUUUUCUUUUUAUUUAACCCACAGCCGACAUCAUAGUUUCUUGUUUUGUUUUGUUUUACAGAGCUGUUGCAUGACUUAUGUUACCAUCCUAAAAAACACUAUAUUAAACAUGGAAUAAAUUGUCUUUUUAUGAAUUAGGCUUUUUGAACAUCCUGUGUUGGGAUUUUUUUGUUUUUCAAUUGGCAACAAAAGCUCUGUAGGGCUGCAGACAUUUAAAGUUCACAUAAUCAUCUGUAAGACAUUAUGUAUUUUGUGGAAAUACUAGAAUUUUUUUCCUGAUUUUGCCAUUAUAUGGAUUUGCUAUUUUUUGAUUAAUGCAAAAGUAUAUGACUUUGUUUUUUAUGUGAUAUACCAUAAAUAUUAAAGUGUUGAAUACUAACAGUGCUGACUACAAGAAGGAUGUAGUAUUUUUGCUUUCUGCAUUACAACGUCUUCUGGAGGAAGGGAGCAGGAUGAGUUUCAUUUGUAUCUAGUGUGUGUCUUAACAUCUUUCUAAAUCGGCAGUGUAACUGCAUAGUUUAACUUCCUGUCUGUCUCCCUCAUUUUACUCUUCCCUCCUUGCCUUAUGUUUUGGCUUUUGUGUAUCAGAGCAUCUUUCUUUGCAGCAUCCUAGUCUUGCUUCAGUUUCUGUGGUCUCUUUUCAUCCUGCUUGAAGAUUCGGAGUGUGGAAGGAGGCUAGGAAGUCUGGUGCAGUAGGUGAGCAGACCUCUUGCUGCCCAGCCCAGGGUGGGUGGGGCGCACACCUGUCUUUAUGCAUGCAAAUCCGAUACACCUGGCGCAUCCUCUGGAGAGCACAACGCAUGGAAAGGUCUGGAAGCUCUGUGUAGCGAUUCCUUCUGCAGUCAUCCUACCCAAGUUAAAGUAACUUUGGCUAUGUUACCACCGUUUUGGUCACCCAGGAGGACAUCUUAGCAAGGGUGCCUGCGAGGGAGUGUGGGACUGGGCCUCAUCCUCGCCGGCGUUGGAAACCAAGGCCUUGUAUGCCACGCCUUAUAAAGCACUGUUUCACAGUUACUUUCACUUCCCGAAUAAAGGUUACCAGGUAAUUAA